AGUACGGGGGAUGAGAGGUGUGGCUGCAAAUAGGGUACGCUAGGGAGGUGGAGCCCGCUAUACCGCAUUCCGAUCCCCGUUUCGCUGCACGUUGAACUGACGUGCAUCAUGCACCAUGCAUCCCAAGAUAACUCGCCUUAUCGUCACUCAUCUCAUAUCCAUCAUGGAACGUCUGACAACAAUGGAGCAGUUUCUACAAGCACCCGCUUGCUCUGUGUUGUGGCCAUUGUGCUCAUCCGGCUGAUGUUUGCCGCGCCAUCCUGCCUCCCGUUUCCAAUCUCCCGCACAGCCCGGCGCUCCGGAAAAGGGGCCACGGUGGCUCGUAAUGCGAAUAACCCUAACGGUCAUCGUAAUGUACGUCCUUUUGUGAUGAUACGACUCUGCUAUCAAUUGUCUGGAAGCGCUUGCGAAGGUCCUCAAAGCAAUGGAUUCCCACAUAUCAUGCGCGUUGCAGAGAUUGUCUCCAGUGGAGUCAAUCGACGAGUACACGAAAACAACAACUUGCGCCUGUUGGACCCGCUUGCCACCCGCAUUCCGAUAUGCUCUCAGGCGUUCUAGAAGCGGCCACUAGCUCAUUUCCGCACAUCUUGGAUGUGAACGCCUGUUCGCAUGCUGGCCGAUGCGAGAAGGGGCGUGUCAUGGUUGCACAACUAGGCACCAGAAUAAUCGGUAUCCAUCCGAGGCCCCCAGUAAUGUGUCUGUCUCUUCCAC